AUGACCGACCAAACCCAGGCUUCAGAUAGCCCCAAGUGGCUCAAGCACAUUGAGGAUAUGAUAGGAGAGGAGGAGGAAGAGGAAGAUGAGAUCGACUCUGAAGCCAUUUACUACAGAAUUGUUCGCGAUAUGCUCCUCUCAGAAGAGAAUCCAGACAAAUCUGUCUCUGAAGCCAUUCAAAAGUUUUACGAUUAUUACGUCGCCGGAUUUUCUGGAGAGGACUUUGGCGGAAGGGAGCCACCAGAAUAUGAUGCAGGUGGAACCCUAAACAGUAUCGCAGACAUUGUGUUCGAACUAGUCGCCAAAAUUCCCUUCACAGACCCCAAGCAAGACAUGCUCUCCAAUUUCCUGAUUGGUAUUGCGAAGAAUGCUGCCGAUAGCUUUGAUGAGAAGGAUCCUCGUUUUGUCUGUUGGAGCUGGGGAGUCCAAGCAGCCGCAGUAGAGAGAUGGAAUGCCUGUCACAUCGAUGCAGGACGCUUGGAUCGCGAAGGGCCAGCUGUAGAUAAAGCCAUAGACAGAUGGCUCAGUACAACUGCUCUGAUCGCCAAACUAUUCCAAGCAGAUCUCCUUGGGGCGUAUGGCCCCCUCUGGCUAUCAAACGAUUUCAUAAGAGCCUUUAAGACGCAUACAGACGGCGACUAUACUAAGCAUCCAGUUAGACAAGCACAGAUUCUUGCUGUUGCGAACUACAUCUUCCUCGCGGGUGAAGCGCUUGCGCAGGAUGCGAAGAUAGCCUCACCAGAAAGAAGGUAUGACUUGGAUGCGGAGAAUUGGAAGUUGUGGGCUUCGAAACUCAAAGAGGUCUCUGAUACAGUGGAUGAGAACGUGAGAUGGGAUCUCAAGGAGAAGACUCGGAAGGCGUACGAGAAGAUGAUUGAGCUGUAUCCAGAGCCCUUUUCAUCGGAUCAGAAGACUGGAGAAUGA